CAUAACGGUGAGCCCCAACAGAGCUGCAGAAGGGAACCGGAAGCGGUGCUGGGGCGUCUUGUAUGUGCUUCCGGCGAGGCCCUGGAGGCCGCUGGUAGCCAAGUGGUGGGCUCAGCUGUCCCAGGUUCUCCGGAAAAUGUUUUACCACAUCUCCCUGGAGCAUGAGAUCCUGCUGCACCCGCGCUACUUCGGCCCCAACCUGCUCAACACGGUGAAGCAGAAGCUCUUCACGGAGGUGGAGGGGACCUGCACCGGGAAGUAUGGGUUCGUAAUUGCCGUCACGACCAUUGACAAUAUUGGCGCAGGUGUGAUCCAGCCUGGCCGAGGUUUUGUCCUUUAUCCAGUAAAGUACAAGGCCAUUGUUUUCCGGCCCUUUAAAGGUGAGGUCGUGGAUGCUGUGGUCACUCAGGUCAACAAGGUUGGACUCUUCACAGAAAUUGGGCCCAUGUCUUGCUUCAUCUCGAGGCAUUCCAUCCCAUCAGAGAUGGAGUUCGAUCCUAACUCCAACCCACCAUGUUACAAGACGAUGGAUGAGGACAUUGUGAUUCAGCAGGAUGAUGAAAUACGCUUGAAGAUUGUGGGAACACGUGUAGACAAGAAUGACAUUUUUGCUAUUGGCUCCUUGAUGGACGAUUACUUAGGACUUGUGAGCUGAGCCUUGUUUGGUCCUGAUUUAGAAUGUGAAACUUUCACACUUGCUAUACUGUUCAGAGGUUCAGUUUGGCAAAUGUGGGGGAGGAAAGGGUCCUUGUCCCCAACACUGCUGGUGCUUUGUCUAGCUUAGCUGCUGUGCCAAGACUUUCGACUGGCUGUUCUAACCAUAAAAUGUCCUUGGUUCUCAUGGAAGUGUCUUCUCUUGGUAGGAAUAAUGGCUUUAUUAUUGUUGUUUGCUUGCUUUUGAGAUGGCUUCUUAUAUAACUUGUGCUGGCCUUGAA